CUUUUUUAACAUAUUUUUUUUGGUUUUGGUUUGAUUUUGAUAGUGAGUGAUUGAUGCUUGGCUCCUGACUGAGUCGUUUCAUUUUGUGAUGAUCUUGUAUCUUUGAUGUUAUAUCUUGAAGAUGCAAAUGCUACGAUCGAAUGGUAUCAGCCCUACAAGUCAUGAGGGGAACACGGAAUUGGGAUCAAGGUACAAGGGACAAGUGUGUAUCAGUUCUGAUAAGGGAGCUUCUGAUGUCAAAUGGAAGAAAUAUUCUUGGUAUCCUCAAUGUGUACAACUGCAAGGAUCUACCCCCUGCAGCAAGAGAUUGCCCAGUCUCGUUUGAGGAUGUCAACCUGGAGAGGGCCAACUUAUCCUGCCGGGCUGGUCAAAAGGCUAAAAACUGUUGUGAAGCUCUCUUCAACAUUGACAGAAAUGGAGCACAGAGGCAUCCAUUGUCAGCUUCGCGCAUUGUUUUGGACCGCAAUGAGACUUCAAUGAAUAUCACUCUUGAAGAAUCAUGUCACAGUUAUGUUGGCGUGUUGUUAUUUGGGAGGUCAAAACCAGUUAAUCUUUUGGCAAUAUGCCCAGAGUACUACCAGGCCCAGUGGAAUUGGCUUGAUGAAACGGCAAUGCACUGCACUGCAUCCCCGGACGACAUUGAUAAGCAACUUGAUGAAAGUGGGCUGUUGCCACCAACAGCUGUUUGUCGUGACUUCCUCAGGCCUUGCGCAAACUGUGCAAAACCCCUUGUGCAAGCUGCAGACAAAUUGGGUGGUGGCUCUGCUGGGCGUUCUCCUUGUCUUAAAAGCCUUAUCAUUCGGCUACUGAACCUGGAUCCUGCAAGCAUCAUUGGCUUGAUGCGGUUGAACAUUACCAAUUGCGAGGAGUCGCAUCGACAUGAUAUGGGCGUCGGGGGAGCUGAACGAAACUGUGGAGCAAGUGCGCAUUGUACCGAUGGCCACGUCGGACCACUCAGCAGUAAUUGCGACAUUCCCGGUGGGUCGCCUGGACGUAGGCCGCCCGCCCAAAGCGAUUCCAGCAUGGGUUUUCAAAAGCCCGGAGUAUGGCCCUGUCACUGGGCCGAAGACUGCACUCAGGAACAGCUCCUGCCACAAGUUAUAAUAGCAGUGCAGAGCUUGCGGAACAUCUUGCAGAAGCUGUUGUGGGGAAACUACUUGGCGCACAAGAAGACAGGGGAGGAGCACGCCCAAAGGAUGGAGGAAUUGGCCAACGGCCCUGAGGAGGGCCAGAUGGAGGAAGAAUGGUGGGCAGAGAGAGUGGAAGCAGCACGAGGAUGGAGGGAGUGGCAGACAGAGGAAGCGGUUAAAUGGGUUCUUUGCUACAGUGGCAACGAAAAAGGCAGCACCAAUAAUGACCGCCAUGAGGAAGUGGUACGAGCGAUCGCAGAGCUCCCUAGGCUCAAAACGCCUGGCUUGGAUGGAAUGCCGGUGGAACUUUAUAAGGAACUCCGUACUUUUUUCGGAGUUCUGCUGACAGCAGCCUAUAACGAGGCUGUCAAGGGAGGCACCAUUCCUCAAGGCUUUGCGGAUGCGUAUGUGGUUUUACUCUUCAAAAAAGGAGCCAAGGAGGACGUGCGGAACUGGCGCCCGAUCUCCAUCCUGAAUGCGCUAUAUAAAAUACUUGCCAAAGUUUUGGCAAACCGUUUGAAGGAAGUCCUACCAAGUAUCAUUGACUCCACUCAGACCGGGUUUGUGGCAGGUUGCCAGAUCUUGUCGAAUAUUUUAUUAGCACAGCAGAUACUGGAGGAGGAGCAAUGCACAGGUCAGGCACUGGCCUUUGUGUCAAUAGACCUUGAGAAGGCCUACGRCCGGGUCAGAUGGGAAUUUUUACUGCAAAGUAUGGCGCAAAGGGGGGUCGGGCCUAUCCUGUGCAGUUGGAUUCGUGGCCUCCUAAAGGGAGCCUCRACUGUGAUGCAAGUCAAUGGGGUGAGAUCGGACAGGUUGCGGGUGACUCGGUCGGUGAGGCAGGGUUGCCCGCUCUCUCCUGCCCUCUAUGUCAUCUACAUUGAGUCACUGCACGAGAUAUUGCGGGCCGACAACCGCCUUAUCAGUCUCAAGGCGGGACCAAGAGCGGAACUGCAAUCUACAGCUUUUGCGGACGACACAGGUGCAGUACUCGUUCCAACAGCUCAGCAGCUGGGCAUUCUCAAAGAGGACCUGGCAACCUUCUGCAGGUACUCAGGCGGACGGGUGAAUUGGCAGAAGUCUCGGGCCAUUCUGCCUCUGGGGAUGGACCCUCCAGAAGGGUGGGUCAUUCCCACAGUGGGCGAAGGAGAGCGAAUGGCAUUUUUGGGGGCCAAUCUAACACCGAGCUAUGGAGGAAUUGAGCAGAUGGCGAUACGGGCCACAGCGGCGGUGGCAAGACUGCAAGCAUGGAGUGCGAGAGGGAGCAUGGGGCCUUUUGGAAAGGCUAUAGUGAUUAAGAGUUCGGUGCUGGCCACCCUGUGGUACGCGGGCGCAAUUCAUAUGCCAGGGAGGCGUACCUUCCAAUAUAUUAGGAGGGCGGUCCAAGCGCAUCUGUGGUCAAACAACGCGAGGUCAGAGAAUUCUAUCUGCAGAGUUGCCUGGUGUAAGCUCAUUCAACCAAGAAGGUUUGGAGGGCUGGGCCUGCUGGAUCCGCACUUACAGAUAAUUGCACUUCAAUUGCGACAGCUCAUCUGGGCCCUGCUGCGCUCGGAGGGGGCAACUUGGCAAGAGGUGACGCUGUCUCAUCUUGCUUAUGCUCUCCAGGUCCCUAGGGAACUGGUAGACCUCUGCCUGCUCAGCAGCUCCGCGAUGGGUCAUAUUCGGAGGGGGACUGUGUGGACUCAGAAACUGGCCCUGUGGAAGAAGAUCCAGGUGAGAUGUCGGCUCCCCGACACAGCGGAUGCUAUUUUUAACCAGCUGCUCUUUGAUAACCGGUUUAUUUGUGACGAGGCAGGGGACCCCUACCCAUGGCAGGGGGCGCGAGGGGCCUAUGGAUGGAAAUGGGCGGAGCAGGGCAUUUUCAAGGUGGGACAUUUGUGGGACGAGGAUCGGAAGGAUUGGCGUACAUAUGAGGAAAUGGAUCUUGCACUGCAGGGGUGCAUGAAGAGGGGCCAAAGGGUCAAGGACAUGAGAGAGGCUAUUCAGACUCAAUGGGUGGAAGUGCUAAAAAAAGAUGAGAUGGUAGUAGGCCAGUGGGUCAAGCUUAAGGGUAGUGAGGCACCCGAAAGGCUCUAUAGAGUCAAGCAGGUACUGCCGAAUGGGGACCUGGAGGUCACUGUAUGGAAGGACAGGCCGGGACGGGGAUGGGAGGGGUUGGGGCAACCACUGCAGGACCUGCACGCUGUGAGGAAAAUAGCACGAGCUCUGGUGGAAACGGUUGCGGUAUGUGAAGGAGGGAAGAAAGAGGCUGGACACUACCUACCCUUUUGCACCGCAACCCGGUUGAGAGCCCUUGCCUGGAACCCGGCAGAUUGGGAAUGGCCUCCUCAGAGGACGCACAGGAGAUCGAUGCCACUCCAAGAGGUCACCAGGAAGAUUGUUUACAACUCGCUGUUGGAAUCAGUGAACAUCUGUGGGGAACUGAAGGCGAGGUGGGCUAAACAGGAGUGGCUCCCGGACGUGUGCCUUGCUAAUUGGACUCAACGAAAGUGGAACGAACAAUGCAACAUCAUGGCUGCCUUGCCAGACCAAAAGCAGGCGGGCCUGCUAUGGMAGAUUURYCAUUUGGCAAUCCCARCUGCGCAGUGGCAGGCUGCCAAGAGUUGUCACAAGGACCAAACCUGUGCAGCAGCUUGCGGCCAGGUGGAAACGAUCCCCCACCUUUUUGUUCGAUGCCCAAGGGUGCAGGAGUUUUGGGAGUGGUGGGCGCAGGAAAUGGCAGACAAGACACCGUUACAGGUGGAUGAAACGACCCACACAGAUAUCUUGCUGGGUACCCUGGGCAAGGCAAGUAGGCGGGCCAUGGCCGAAAUGGUGGUGGAAGAGAUCGUGAGGGCAGCAGUGUUAUGGGCUUUGUGGACACUGAGAAAUGAACGAUGUAGGCAAGGAACGUUCCCGCCACUUCGGGCCUAUCAGGAGCGGGCAAUGGAGAAUAUUCGCAUUGCUAUAUUGGCGGAUCUGCACCGAAGUAGACGCGCAGGGGAGGCCAAGGCGGCAGACUUUUGGCAGAGAUGGGCUCCGGAUGUCCGAUUUACCAGCGAAUUGUGGAAGGCCGCUGCUGCAGAGCAAGGAACCCAGUUGCAAAUGACUUCUGGGCAUCACCCAGAGGCCAACGGCCAGGCUGAGCAACUGAAUCGCGCUAGUUCUGAUGAAGGGCCCAUGAGGAGUCUGCGAGACCAUUUACUUCUGGAAAGCUCACCUGUACGUGCCAUCUGGAGCGGUACUGUUGUGUGUACGUGGCUAGGCGUGAACUGUUCAGACGGGAGAGUUACACAACUGGAUCUUGGUGGCAAGUUUCUUGGGGGAAAGCUAUCUGCCGAUCUGGGAAACUUGACCUACCUUAAGAAAUUAAAUCUGUCGCGGACAAUUAUAUACUUGAUUAUGAAGAGGAAAAGCACAAAAGGGACAUCAACCCAGAUAGACCCGAGAUCUAUGCCACCAAGCAGAUUGAUGAAUGUGCCGCAGCAGGCACCUGUGGACCCAGAAACGUCCAGGGCAGAGAGUCAGGGGCAACUUCCAUCAAUUCCUGCUGUCCUCGGUUUUCCAGAUCGGUUUGGGGGGUCACCUCCACGUCCACCUUGGCAUCGUCAAGAUCUGCCGGCUGGUGCAGGUGAUGCGAGGCACCCUGCAAUGCCAGGGUCUCACCCCCAAACACCUCCAGCUCCUGAUCUCCACCGUGGCGGUCACUUGCAUGCAGUGGCAGUUCAGCCUGGGCUGAUUCCGACUUCGAGCCAGCCAGAUUCUAGGCAGUCCGAUCGAGCGCCACCUUUGCCAGCAGGUGAGAGGGCCAUAUGGACAUUAGCUGUGUACAAGGAGGACGAUAUUAAGGAGGCGACGAACGACUUCAACCGGCGGAACAUCUUGGGAAGGGGCACUCAGGGACGCGCAUAUCGGGCCAGACUUUUAGGAAAUGAUGCAGUUGUCAAGAUAUUGGAUCAGGGUGCAUCUUCAGCAUCAAGAUUUGAUGACGUUGUCUUCCUCGACUAUGUGGAUAAACUGCACAAGAUGAGUCAUCCUAAUCUUGUCCAUGUCAUGGGAGCAUCCGUGACGAGCAAAGAACAGAUGGUCGUCUAUGCCGCUAUGAGUGGUGGCAAUCUUUAUCAGCAUCUGCAUGACAAAAAGCUGCCAACACUUCCUUGGAAAGCGCGUUGUGACAUUGCCAUUGCUGCGGCCAUGGGCAUGGACUACAUGCAUCACCUAUGCUCUCCUCAAAUGGUGCACAGGGAUCUGAAGUCCAACAACAUUUUUGUUAUCAGACCGCAGCCGCGGACAGCGGAUUGGUCGGCCAAGGUUGGCGAUUAUGGCAUCGUGAUGGAGGCAGUCGGUGACGAGGAGCCUGUGACGGCCACUAUGACCUUCACAGAUCAGAAUAGCGGCUAUGCCGAUCCGGAGUGUUUCGGUCGCCCAUCAUACUCAGCUGUGAAUGAUGUUCACAAUUUUGGAGUGGUGCUUCUAGAGCUCGUAACAGGCAGACGCCCAUUCGAUGCAAAUGCACGGCCGCCACGGCUUGUCGCCUGGGUUGAAGAAUCCCUAAGAGCGGGAUAUGGUCAAGUUGAUGCGAUUGUGGAUCCAAAGCUUUCAGCGGUUGAGACGCAGCUGCCUCGCCAACAAAUGCUCGAAAUGGUUUACCUGGCUCAGGCCUGUAUGAAGACACCGUCGGCAUCGAGGCCACCCAUGUCUCAGGUGCUCUCAGCUCUGCUCAAUUUUACCGGCUACGGGAUGUCCGCAGGUCUGCAAACUGAAAUGGAUCCGUUAAUGCCAAUGCCCACGAUCGUUGCAGACGGGGAGCCAUUUCCUGCUGUAAUGCCUAGGUGAUUGCGAUCAUGUCAUCAUAUUACUACCAAUGAGUGUUUCCGUUCCUCCGGGACAUCCGUAGUGGCACAGGGUCCUUAGCAUAAAUCAAGAAUGACAGAGAAGAUUAACAUGGCCCCUUAGCAAGGAUGACACACAUAAAUCAAGAAAUGGUCCAAAAAAAAAAAAAAAAAAAAAAAAAGGAUCCUUUCCGUUGGUCCACUCGAUUCUGACUGUAGCCACAGGGUUGUGGUCAUGAUUCUGCUGUUGCCAGCUGUCUAAUGGUCUCCAGAGUUCGUACACAUUUACGUUUUUAUUACCUUUGUCAGGACUGCUCCUAUCAACCUUGCUGGUUCUCUUUCUACCGUUCAAGCUCUUCUAAGGUUGUGGCUGCCACUGUAACAGCUGAGUGUCCUCUUGCUCCUGCUGUUGCUACUGCAGCUCUCACUGUGAAAGCAAAGCCUCGCCCAUUGAGUUCUGAUGGCUCUGCCUGCUGUUGCUACGGCUGCUUAGGCUCCUUGCUGGAUGGACCACCAAGCUUUGGAGUUGCCUCAACUGUUCGUUCGUUUCCUCUGUGUAUUUAUUUUUGCACCUGAACUUGGAAGAGUGAAACAGUGUAUGCAAUGUUGCGUAUCUGCCCCUACUUCUGCCCCUGCUUCUCUCCACCUUCUCCUUCUGGUUUUCUCGUUGACGCCACUGUCUCUGCUGCGACUGCUGCUGCUUCUACCUGUGCUGCUGCUGCGGCCGGCAGUGAUGAUGAUGAUGCUGGUGAUGCCGGUGAUGCCGGUGAUGAUGCUGGCUUUUGGACUGGAGCUCGAAUUGUCCACGUCUUCCGGAGCUCCACCUAAGUGGUUAAUAAAUUUUGAUUGGGUAAAAAUAGAUCCCGCAUCAUCUGCUUUCGAGGGGCAGGUGUGUGGAGGACGGAUCAAGGAACGGGGGAAAUGACUCGUCGUCAGCGAACUUCAGGAAGCGAAGUGAAGAAAGAGAGAGAGUCAGUGAUGACCAAAAAUUACCAAAAUACAAAGUGCAGCAAUUCGGACAUCUCCGCGGAAUUGCUGGACGUGAAGUGUUGAGGUAAUGCGUACCAUUCUAGAAACAGUGUGUGAACCAUGGUUCCGGAAAUGUUCCAACUCUGGCGAGCCUAGCGGAAGGACUCGAACAUGCAGAGUUGAGGAAGGUAGGCAAGAGAUGCUGGACGUGGAAGUGCAACUCUCAAGCUGCAGAAGCUGCAGACACACAGCAAGGAAGCACAUCAUCUUCAGGAUGAGGUCCAAGUGUUAUGCUACCAGCCCUGGGUGAAGAAAGCAUCAGUUGAGGUCUGAAGAGCAACAAUGGCGCCUACGUUCGGAAACGUGUAUGUCACGAAGCCGCUGCUGUACAUACAUCCGAACCGCAGGCAUUUGCUUUUAUGCGUGAUUUUAUAGCACACCUACCGUCUUUUAUAUAGCAUUUAUUAUUUGAACGAUCCGAUCGUCUGUUUGAGCUGUGUGGAUAGCCACAAGUUCGCAGCGGUGUGCGGUGGAUAGCCACAAGUUCGCGGCGGUGUGUGUUGGAUAGCCACAAGUUCGCAGCGGUGUGCGGGUGGACGCUGUCGUAUUUAGUUGGCCAACUUGGCCAUAAUAUAGGUAGGUGUGAGGUGGAGGGUUCAAACCUUCGUACUGUCGGUCGACGGCAAUCUGUGCGAGUGAAGUCGAGGGUUCGAGCCUUCGUAGUUGUUGUCUGUUAGAAACUGUACAAUGAUUGUUGCCAUCCGUGAUCGUGAGGAAAGGUAGACUAAUUAUUAUUAUAUUAUAUGUCUGUAGGUCGAAGAUCGACCGGGGUUGGGGGAGAUGCUCAUAGCUCUCCCCAUAGUACCCCCAGGGCGGUGUUUUUUUUUGUAAAAAAGUAAAAUAAAUUGACCAGG